AUGCGGUUCCUUCGCUCUUCUGCUGCCCUUGUGCUGGGCUUUGCCCUUCCUCCGGUUCUGGGCUUGUGUCCGUAUGCCUCGCAGAUGCUGAAUGCGCGGGAUACGCCCUCGCCACACGAACACACCAAGACAGUCCGCGAUACACCCGCUAAAGAUGGAAAGAAAGGUGCGUUCCUCAUGAACCGAAUUGCCCCUGGUACAUCCGAGCUGUAUAUCGCCAACGCGGACGGGAGCAACGAACGGGCUCUGCUGUCGGAACCUAUCUUCGAAUACCAUGCCGCCUUCUCCCCCGACGGACAAUGGAUCACCUUUACUGGCGAGAGAAAUGGAGACGGAAACUCUGAUAUCUACCGUGUUCGCACAAACGGUUCGGAUCUGCAAGAACUGGUCGCCACGUCUUCUGUCGAGGAUGGCGUCGUGCUCUCUCCGAAUGGAAAGCUCGCUGCCUACGUCUCGACUGCCAACGGAUACAAGGCGAACAUCUGGGUGAUGGACUUGGAGACUGGUGAUAAGUGGAACAUCACCAACACCCCGUCUACAGUGGGUAACGAUACCCUGCCCGAUGGCCAUUUCCGCCCAUCGUGGUCCCCCGACGGCGAAUGGAUUGCCUUUUCUUCGGACCGCAACUCAGGCUGGUAUGGCCACGGCGACCCUGUCUUCUUGGGCGUCAGUGGAUGGGAGCAUACCCAGGAACUGUCCAUCUACGCCAUCCGACCCAAUGGAUCCGACUUCCGCCUCAUCACCAGCAAGAAGGACUGGUCGUUGGGCUCGCCCAAGUUCUCUCCUGACGGCAAGCGCAUCGUCUACUACGAGAUGACCCGCGAAGCAACCUGGGACUCGCAUCGUCCGGAGUCGAUCGACUCGGCCAACUCCAGCAUUGUGUCGGUUGACUUUGCCACCGGCCAGGAUCGCCGUGUGGAGGUCCAAGGCGCUGGUGUGAAGCUAUUCCCGCAGUACAUCUCCCAGGACAACAUCGGAUACUUCUACAAGGGCGCUACCAAGGAGGGUCUGCACACUACCAGUGGAAGCUAUGUCAACACCACCAGUGUAACUGUGCGCUCUCCUGCCUGGUCUCCGGACGGCAAGCAGGUUGUCUACGAAAAGACCGGAUGGGACAUCCGUCCCAUGGAGAAGAAGCUAUACAGCUGGGACCCAGACUGGGAAUACCGCUUCACCGACGUCUACCCCCAGCUUUCCAACCAGAACAAGCUCGCCAUCACCCAGAAGCAACUCGGCAACUCGUCCGUGGUCAAGAUGAACGCCAACGGAACCAACGAGCAAACCGUCUACAACGACAUGACCUCUGGCCUCGUCUCCUCCACCAUGGUCAGCCAAGGACUCGCCGGCGCCUUCCAGCCCUCCUGGUCAACCGACGGCGAAUGGAUCACCGUCGGCGUUGGCUUCUGGUUCCAGAGCAGAGCAGAAAAUGGAGGCUGGCUCGUCCGUGCCGCCACCAACGGCUCGUACUCGGAAGUCCUCACCAACAGCACCACCACGCUCAGCGCAAACAGCAGCCUGAUCAACUCCGGUUUCCCCAGUUUCUCGCACGACGGCAAGAAGAUCGUCUACCGCGUUUGGGGGUACAACUCCACCCAGGGCGAAAAGUCGCAACUUGGUCUCCGCAUGAUGGACCUGGAAACGAGAAACAUCACCGUCCUUACCACCGAAUGGGAUAACCUUCCCUUCUUCUCGCCUGAUGGUGAGAGAAUCGUCUUCACCCGCAAGACCAGCCCAACCAACUAUGACGUCUGCACUAUGCGUCCUGAUGGAACCGACAUCAAGGUGCUGACUAGCAGUGGUGCCAACGACGCCCACGCCGUCUGGUCUCACGAUGGCCGCAUUCUCUACUCGUCUGGCAUGUUCGGUUUCCAGUACGAGUGUGCCCUCUACGAUCAGACAUUCCAGCCUUAUGGCCAGAUCAUCGCGAUGGAUGCAGAUGGCUCGAACAAGGAGGUUCUGACUGAUUCUAUCUGGGAAGAUUCUAUGCCUCUUUAUAUUCCGAAUGAGUCUUUAAUGGGAUAG